UGCGUGACUGCGCAGCGCGAGAGACACUCAAGAGCCUGUCAGGAUCAGGAGACGGUCGUGAUCGUACGUUCUCUGUGGAUAAUUGCAAAUCGCGUCUCGUUGGACUGUGCACCUGCUCCGGAACAUCUUCAACACAAACCUGCUACAAAUUUUCAGGAAUAAAACAUGGAGCAGAGUAUUAUUCCUCGCUCCUUGUGGACUAAUGACAGCAAAUUUCUCCAUCACCAUGUCGCGGAUUUCUUCACCAGUGUACAAGUUACACAGGAUAUACCAGCUGGAACAUCAUUCGGACCUUGUGUUCUUCAUAAUACCUUUUAUGACACUAUAGCCUUCAUUGCAUUGAAGUCCUCUGACAAACGGAAUAAAUCAUAUGUAUUUAGGGUAGAUCCUGAGGCGAUGAAAGGUUCUCCAUUAGUAGUUCCUUGGCUACGGUUAGUACAGGCUGCAAUGAGCGCAGAAGACCAGAAUACUGAGGCCUACUUGAAAGGAGGACAGCUGCACUUUCGGACUAUUCGAGAUGUGAAACAAGGGGAGGAACUGCUUGUUUGGUACGACGAGGAGUUGUCACAUCUUUUGGGGUUCGAGGACAUAAAGACAAAAGCCCUGACAGAUGGCUACACAUGUACAAGAUGCGGCCAGGCCUUCAAAAACGAAAACCCUUUUCUUGCCCACUGUCGUUUUUUAUGCGCACAAGAAAAAGUAGAUAUUAUCCGGCCAACCAACGAACAGAAACAAGAAGUCAAGCGACAACGCAAAAUCAUAGAUUUUCACAACAUUGCAAGAGAUCUGGAGCACAAAAUGAACAGUUCUCCUGAAGACACAGCUAUACCUAGAAAAAGAAAACAAGAGGGUUCCUUAAAUCCCCGGAGCAAAAAAACUGUGUUGUUGGAGAAAACCAAUAUUACUAAUCACUGCAACACCGCCAGCGUCAACAAAGACUGUCCCCCUCUCCAGGAUUUGUCAGAAUCAGACCAUUUAUCAACAAACGAGUCAAAAAGAAGUAAAAGCAGCGCAUUUACCGAGGUCAGAAAACUAUCUGAGCAAUCAAACCCCGAGCAGUCAUCAAGGGAUGUAAUAGUGUCUGAAACAGGCCUACAAUCCGACUGCAGCGCGUUCUCCUUCGUUGUACCCAAGAGCGCGCACUCGGAACAGAAGAGCGCGUUCUGUGAACCCAACAAACGCACCAUCACCGAAGUUCAGAGUUCUUCACCACUAGAUUCGGAUAAUAUCUCAGACUCUUUCAAAUCAAAACCUGCACUAGGAUACAGAAAUGUAUUGGCUUCGCACCUGUUUCACGCUGACUUGCCAAGCGCUCAUGCAGGUGGAGUGAUGUCCGCUCCUUUGGCUACAGGAGGAUCCUUUUAUUACGCGCCCGAGCAUUGGACCAGAGCUAUAGGUGGUCAGCUGCAAUCUACAUCUUCUUUGACACUUCUGCCCCCUACUUUCACACCAUUAGGUGUUUCAGUGCAGAACUGGUGCGCAAAAUGCAACCUCUCAUUCCGAAUGACCUCCGACUUGGUUUUUCACAUGCGGUCCCAUCAUAAAAAAGAGUUCGCCGCAGAGGCUCAGGUGAGGCGGAGGAGAGAGGAGAAACUCACCUGUCCCAUCUGUCACGAGUACUUUAGAGAGCGUCACCACCUCUCACGUCACAUGACAUCACAUAAUUAAGAAAGAAAACUCUAUCGCACUUUACCAUAUAAGCAUUAUUUAAGAUACGUUGCCCAUAAAUUAUGCAUUUAUACCGUGAGGGUCCAAUUUUGCAAACGUUUCCUUAGAGUUAUGAAAACGUUAUUUCUCAGUGUUUUCUCACUAGGCUAUUCGAAAAACCAAGCUGUUAAAUGUUUAAAAAACGCAGGUCAUACGAACGUUAAGGGAGCAUUCCAUUUUGUCAUAUUCCAAACAAGUUUUGAAUAUUUUCUUAAUUUGCUUAUUUCAAGUAGUUAGACGAACGUUAAGCUAAAACAUUUCAAAAACGUUCCAUGAACUUCGAGCCUUGCUAGAAUGUUUUGAGAACGUUCUCUGUUAGCUGAGUGGCUUACACGGAUAACAUUGAGAGAACCUUGCUAGAAUGUUCUAAGAACAUUUUCUGUUAGCUGGGUGGGUUGCUAUUGGACAGGGGAAGUAUUUUUCUGUAGCAAUACAUUAAAGAUGGAGUAAAAACUUGAAUCUUUCAACCACUUACCUUUGGUAAAGAGUCAUUUACUCCACCAGUCAUAGUCAUUUCUGCAAUGUAGUCUUUUUAAACGGUGGACUUUGGUAAUGCAAUUCAGGGUAGGCCUACAUCGCCACUAGGUGGCUAUAGACAUGCAUAACUUUCUCUUUAGAGGUAGCUGUACCUAGUACAUUUAGUUGUGACUAAUACUGUUGAAUUGCCUGGUCAUUUUCAACCUAACAGUGCCUUACAAAUGUCAGGAAGAGUACAUAUAAAUGGUAGAAUAAAAUGCUCUGGCAUUUCUAGGUUUGCUAACAGCUGACUAAAACUAUUAUAAACUAAUAACAUUGCUUUGUAAAGAGAUUUUAUAUUUGAAAUAUCCAUCCCUUCAGAAUGCCAAAUCUUUGUUACAAUGUUCUUUUCAGAUGUCUACUUCUUUAACAUUCCUAUCAGCACAACGACAAGGAGGAUGUAUUUAUUUAAAUAUUUUCUUGUUCUGUUCUUUUCUGAGACAAGUACAGUCAAUGUAUUUCAUUA